AACACUAGUAAAUACAACCUUCUUUCAUCUUCAAAUAAACGAAAACAUCAUAGCCAGCUUAAGCCGGCAUAGUAAUAACAAGUUAGUUAAUUUUGCCGCCAUUUUAUAAAUUAGUUACCAACUUCUUCUCAACAAUACUUAUCCCCGUCUCUUUUUAAAACCCUAACAAACUUAGAUUUCUUUUUCUCCCAAAACAAGACUUGUUCUCUCUAGAAUUUCAACAACAAAAAAAAUUCAUCUGUUCAACAAUAUGAAGAAUCAAACUGAGCAAAAAACAGUACCAGAAAUUGGAACUUCAUCUCCUAAACUGCGAAGAUCAUCAAAGUCUCGUGAAGUAAGUUCAAGAUUUCUAUCUCCAACAUCAAUGGAAAACGGAUCAUCACCAGAUCAUACAUCGUCACCAGUGCGCAGAAAGAGUAACGCAUCGUCAACAUCAAUAUCGUCAUCAUCAUCCUUUGCUGAUACACGAAAACAUCGAAGCAGUAUCGAUGAAAUCAUAUCAAGUAAAGGAUUAUUAUGGCCAUCUUCUUCACCAACAACAGUAGCAAAAUCCCCAAAUCUAGGUACAUUAGGAGAUCAUCUUGGACAUGAAAGAUUAAUCGAAAGAACCAAAAUUGACAUAAAACAAAAACCGUCUACCAAAAAUCUUAAUCCAUUACUUAAUAGACAGAAAAGUUAUUCAUCUGAAUUAAGCAGAUUUGAGAAAGAAAAUCAUCUUCCAGUUUUUGGCGGAUCAUUGAGGUAUGCUACUGGAAAACUUAGGUUAUCAUCCGGAGGAAAACAGAGUACCACUGGUACUAAUUCAGCCAGAACUUCUACUACUUCUAAUGUUACUCCUGGAAGAUUAUCAGUUGAUGAAAACGCUUUGAGUUUAAAUAGAAGAUCUUCGUCGUAUCGGAAAACUUCGGAUUUUUUGGUGGAUCUUUUAAGUUCUGAGUCUGAGCAAUCAAGUGAUCUUAGCUCAAGUUUAACAUCUAAUUCACGGGGAAUCGAUGUAUCUUCUAGGUAUUUGAAUAAUGAUUCGUCAAUAACAACGGCACAAAGUAGACUUAGUCGUGGUUCUUCGGAUUCGCAUAUUCAAACGCCGGUAGAUAAUUCGACAAAGAAUGGUAUGAUGAAGAGAGUGAAUUCGAUGACAGCUUCUGGAUCGACAAUCACUUCGAAAUGGGCUUUGUCACCAGGUAGAUCAUCAUUAGGUUCACCAGCAAAUGAGAUUAGUAAUAAAGGGAAACUAACAGGGAAUAUGAAACCUCCAAAUAGUCCUUCAAAAUCAAAAGGUGUUGGUAAUUUGAUUAGUUUAGGGUUAGAAAUGUUUAAAAGUAAGAAAACUUCCACAUCAUCAACUUCGAAUUCGUUAGGGCAUGGGGGAAUUGGAGAGAAUGCUCAUCAACUUAGACUUCUUCAUAAUCGAUGGAUUCAGUGGAGAUUUAUGAAUGCUAAAGCUGAUACUGUUGGUGCUAAAAGAAAGAGUCAAGCUGAGAAGAACCUGUUAAAUGCAUCCACCAGUUUGUCAAAUCUUCGAUCUUCGGUAGUGCAAAAGCGAACUCAAUUCGACAAAGAGAAGCUUGAGUUCAAACUAAACACCAUCCUCCAAUCUCAGGUUAAGCUAUUGGAAGCUUGGGGAGAUAUGGAAAGGCAGCAUCACUCAGCAAUUUCUGAGACAAAGGAUUGUUUGCAUUCAGUUGUUUGUCGAGUUCCUCUUGUUGAGGGUGCAAAGAUAGAUCCACAGUUGGCUUCAAUUGCCUUAAGACAAUCAAUGGAUCUUACAGCAUCGAUUAACACAAUGUUAUCUGAAUUUGCUCCUGCGGCUGAGAAGACAGGGUCAUUACUCUCAGAGCUAGCAGAAGUAGUGUCAAAAGAGAAGUUACUGUUAGAAGAAUGUUUUGAAUUAUUAGGAUCAGUUUCAACCCUAGAGAUGCAAGAGAGAAGCUUGAAAUGCAACAUUCUUCAGAUGAAAUCGCAGCAAUAGCCAAGGAGCAACAAGAGCAGCAACAAGAAGGGAUAGUUGUCAAGCUAGCCGAUGGAUUUCCAUGCACAUGGAUCAUAAUCCAAACAACCAAGUAGUAAUAAACCUUUCAAGCUAGACUUCGGUUUAUCUAAGUCAAGCACAUCAAAUCUAACAGCAUCAUCCAUUAAUAAAUAGGUAGUAAUAACAGUAGAUGUAGCUAUUGUUGUAGUUAGGGUAGAUACAUUGUACGCCUUUGCUCUCUAUUGUUGUUACAUAAAUAGUACGGAGUGACAAUCUUGGUAUGCGUUCGGAUUAUCCAAAAAUUGAAGAUGAUUGAAAUUGCAAGUCUAAAAUUCCGAAAGAAAAA